AUGGCUUCAUCCCCAAGGCCUACGACUCCCAACUCACAGAAGAAGAGAUCUGGUCGUCGUCAGCUGCACCGCUCUUCUGGAGCUUAUAAUAUACUCCCACAAUCACCUAAGAUACAUUAUCCAGUGGAUCCAGAUAAUUUACCAUUAGAGACGGCAGGUAACACAGAAAAGUUUGAGCUGCUCUCAGAUGCAUUGGAAGAACUCGAUGUGAAUAUGACAAAUCUACAGCUGAUCCAUGAGGCAAUAUCGGACGGGUUUAAUGAAUCCUUUGCUAGUUUCUUGUAUGGAUUGUCUAUAACGAUGUGGUGCGUUGAUUUUCCGGGUUGCCCAUCGAGAAAUCAAUGGGAGAAGCUCAAGUUGGUCGAGGGCUUAGACGAUAGGAUACUGGGGCUCAUGGAGAAAAUACGGCUGCAUAGGGAGGAAAACGAGAGAUUGAAGAACCGACUCGCGUCUAAUGUUGUUGAAUCUACGGAGGAGGGAGAAAACCAUAGCGAUGGCCAUGAGAAUAGAAAACCACAACAUCUGCAUAGGGUGGGUAAAGGGCCCGCAAGGCAAGCCGACAAUGAGGGGGACGACACAUAUAUGACAAACGAGGGCUCGUUUGUGGUGAACCCUUCAGCUCCGAGUGCAACCAGAAUACCCCAGCCUGUGAAGACUGCUCCUAGAAGAUUCACCAAACAUACACCACCACCAGCGGAUACAAGCAUGCAUUCAAAUUACAGGGGUCCGAAUCUUAACCAACCCCCAAGAUACAUGCGGGGGUUGUUUGACAGUACCAAUCGCCCUACUACACCCUCUAACAAUAGGUCCAAAAGAGUCGCUAAUCCGAAUAGAGUCCAAAAGGCUACUAGUAGACCCCCAUUUCGAUAA